ACAUAAUGCUGGUCCAUAUUCUCUCUCUUUUAGGCCUCAGUCUGCUAAGUGCAGCAGCCCAUAAUCAAACAUGCACCGUCUUGCCCCUCGGCCAUGGACAAGAUGAUGUACCUAACAUACUCAAAGCAGUCCAUCAAUGUGGAAAAGGUGGUCGAGUUGUCCUUCCAUCUCCAUAUACUUACAGAAUCAACCAGCGCAUGACAACCCAUCUCGAGAAUUCGCGACUAGAGCUUGAAGGAACUCUACUCUUCAGCGACAAUAUCAACUACUGGGUGAACAAUUCUUAUCGAGUUGACUUUCAGAACCAGUCUACUGCAUGGCGUAUCACAGGCCAUGAUUAUGAAAUCGACGGCGGAAGACAGAUGGGUGGCAUCGAUGGGAAUGGACAACUAUGGUACACAUGGGCCAAAGGGGGGAGUAACGUCUUUGGUCGACCGAUGCCACUGCACGUUUUUAAUUCAACAAGAGCAACAUUACGGAAUAUCGCAAUCAGACAACCGCAAUUCUGGGCUGUGUUGGUGGAUUCGUCCUCGGAUAUCGUGCUGGAUAAUUUCUAUGUCAAUGCGACCAAUACAGAUUAUAAAGCCGAUAAAGAAGAACAGUGGGUUCAGAAUACAGACGGAAUUGAUACGUUCCGGUCGGAUAAUAUCACCAUUACGAAUUGGGUAUACCAAGGUGGUGACGAUGCAGUCGCUUUCAAGGGAAAUUCGACUAAUAUCCAUGUUGAGAAUGUGGCUGUCUAUGGUGGCCCUGGCAUUGCAUUUGGUUCUCUUGGACAGUAUCCUGAUCGACCGGAUAUUGUGGAGAAUAUCACCGUUCGAAAUAUCAGUUUGCAGCCAUCGUUGCAACGAGCGAUGUCGUCGGGUAUUUACUUUAAGAGCUGGAUUGGCGGAGGUGGGCAUGGAUACGUGCGCAAUGUCAACAUUGAGAAUAUCAAACUCAAAGAUGUGGAACUCCCAAUAUACAUCGACACAUGCCUGAGCUACCUCCCCGGAAAGAACGUCACCCAAUACUGCAACACAUCGCCGUACCAUUUUAACCAUUUGCAUUUCAAGAAUAUCAGUGGAAAUGGACUUGCCACGCCUACUGACUACACUGAACAGAAUAUCACGUUCGGGAUUUCGCUGCUCUGCUCGAAGGAGGCACCAUGUACGGAUUUGACUUUUGAGGGUGUAAAUGUCACGCUGCCAGACGGGUAUACUGGAUCUCAGGUUCUUUGUGAGAAUGCCCAGGUGAAGGGAUUGGUUUGCAAUCAAUAGAUGAACCCAUUUCAUUCUGGGUGUUAUUAAGAUAAUCUUUCACAGAGAUCCCGGAAAGAUUAAGCGCUGUUCCUUCCUCCAAUUCCUUCAAUCGAUGCUGAAAUGAGUCCCUUCAGAGGAAGACCAGUAAAACCACUGGAUGACCUGUCGAUGAAGCAUGAUGGAUAGCAAUAUCAUAUUUUCUACUCUCUCUAUUCCAUCGAACAAGUAGCAUAAGUCUUGACUAAGG